AUGGAAAUACGCAGACAAAUUAUUAGGGGGAUAGUUUCAAGUCGAAACUGUCUUCUGGAGAGUCCGACGGGAAGUGGCAAGAGUCUCGCCUUGCUCUGUUCCACUCUCGCAUGGCAGGCUGAAGAACAAGACAAACAGAAACGUGAGAUGGAGAUCUCCUGCGGUGCCGAGAUGGAGAGCUGCUGCGGUGCCGAUAGCAAAUCUGUCAACAACCAAACCGACUUCCGUGGAGCGCAAGGAACCACAGCGGACAAUGGCGAUGGAGGCGCCACCUGUGAAUCAAAAAUUAAUGGCAGCCACGAUGCAGCCAAUCCCCCGAGCGUAAAGGAUGAGAAGAAGGAGGAUACCGUUAUCGAUCUUACAUCUGACGGAGAAGGUGGAGAAGGUGAGGACGAUGAUUUCAAACCGUGUAGCAAAAGCCUACGCAGUUCAUUAGCUGCAGACCAGAAGGCGAAUGGUUCAGCGACGUCUCGCACGUGGACUGUAGAGAAGGCAGACACACAGGACGACUCACAAGCCUACGCGAUCGACUAUGAAAUGAAGCUCAACGCCAUGAAGGAUCAGGAGACUCGCGCGUCGAACCCUAAGAGGGUGGCAAAGAUCUUCUUCGGUACGCGCACGCACAAGCAGGUGGCGCAGAUCGUGCGGGAGCUCGGCCGGACGGCGUACGGACGCCGUGCUCGCAUGUGCAUUCUCGCGAGCCGCGAGUUUGCCUGCGUGCACCCGCGCGUCAGCAAGCAGCCGAACAAGAACGACGCCUGCUCAGACCUACGCGACCCUAAGACGGUCGGAAGUUGCGGCUACUUCCACAACGCGCACCGGCUGAAGACACAGUCACAGCUGCAGUGUCACACCGGCUUCGACGCGCAGUGGGAUAUCGAAGAUCUGGUGAGGCUAGGCAAGAAGAUCAAGGUGUGUGCAUACUAUGCGACGCGAGGGCUCAAGGACGAGGCCGACAUCAUCUUCUGUCCAUACAACUACCUCAUCGAUCCCGUGAUCAGGCAGAGCAUGGCAGAUUAAGUCUCAGAGGACAAGAUCGUGGUUCUC